AUGAAAAAGCUUUGCGCAAGAUGGGUGCCGCGUUUACUCACAAUCGACCACAAACAACAUCGUGAGGAUGUUUCAAUGAACUGUUUGGCCAUGUUUACUAAAAAUAAGACCGAAUUUUUGCGUCGAUUUAUAACAAUUGAUGAAACAUGGGUUCAUCAUUACACUCCUGAAACAAAAGAGCAGUCGAAACAAUGGACCAGUAGGGGAGAAGCGGCUCCGAAGAAGGCAAAAACAACUUUAUCGGCUGGAAAAGUUAUGGCAUCCGUUUCUUGGGAUGCGCGUGACAUAAGUUUUGUUGAUUAUCUUCAGAAGGGAAAAACAAUCAACGGCGAGUAUUAUGCAAAUUUAUUGCAGCGUUUGAGUGAAGAAAUCAAAGUAAAACGUCCACAUUUGUCGAAGAAAAAAGUGUUGUUUCAUCAAGACAAUGCACCAAUUCAAACAUUUCACCAGAUUUAG